AUGUCAGUCACAGUCGUAUUGCGUCUGAAAAGACUCACAUUGCCAUUAGAGUUAUUAAAUCGCGGUGAACUUCCGGAUGUCGAGAAGGACAAUGGUGAAGUCAAAGUCAAUGAGUUAUUGCUGCUUCGCAGGUUGAGCGUUCGUGUUCCAGCGCUGAACGUCGAUGGGGUGGAUACGGUACGAAAGGGGUCAUCUUCCCUCAAUUCAUAUCGGUAG